AUGGCAUCCAACAACCAGCAUGUGCUGGAAACAGGCAUGCUCAACGAUGUGAUAGGUAUUCUGAAGGAAGGUGAUAACCGUGGAGGUUCUUCUUCUUACGACAAGUUGAUCUUUACCGUCGUGCCUUUGCUUGUCGUUUCUAUCCCGCUGGUGUUGGCGUUUCUCUACCUGAGGCAAAAGCAACAUCGCAUCUACGCACCUAGAACAUUUUUGAACUCAUUAGAAGAUGCCGAGAAAACACCCAAGCCUGCGUUCGGCAUGUUCAACUGGAUCUCUGCCUUCAGGAAGCUGCCGGAUCAGUUUGUCCUGAAUCAUCAAACACUCGACAACUACCUCUUCAUUCGCUACUUCCGUAUGCUCACAUACAUCUGUCUUGUCGGCACCAUUAUCACCUGGGUCUUCCUGCUCCGUGUAAACUACAAUGGAGGUGGUGAUCAGUCUGAGCUCGACACAUUCACCUUCAGCAAUGUCACGGAUCCCAGCAAGUUCUACUGGCACGCUGGAUGUGCAUGGUUCUUCCUUGGAUUUGUCAUAUUCAUCAUCACCAAGGAGACUCUCUACUACAUCAACCUCCGUCAAGCAUAUCUCACAACUCCUCGCAAUGCCACCCGCAUGUCCACCCGGGUUGUGCUUUUCACAGGUGUCCCAGAGGAUAUGCGUCAUGAGAAAUGGAUCAAGGCCGAUUUCUUCGGUGUCAAGCGUGUCUGGCUGGCUACUGACUGUACUGAGCUCGAGACUCUGGUCAACGACAUGAACGAUACAGCCAUCUCAUUGGAAGAAGCAGAGAUCAAGCUGUCUACCAUCGCAACCAAGAAGCACCUGAAGGGCGAGAAGCAUUUCGCAGACGAUCCCGAAAGAGCAGGUACUGCCACUCAGCAGUGGAUCGCACCAAAGGAGAGACCUUCGAAGCGCAUCGCACUCGUUGGCAGGAAACUGGAUGCUAUCGAGAUGUACCGCGAGCAGCUAAAGGCAACCAUCCCAAAGGUUGCAGCUCUCCAGAAGCGUCAUGUGCAAGGCUACGAGAAACUUCUCCCGGCAGCAUUCGUCGAGUUUGAGACCCAGCGCGCUGCGCAGCUUGCUUACUCUGACCCCUUCUGGAAGCAGCCAGGCAAGAUGGAAGCAGCGACUAUUGGUCUCGCAAGCCCUGAUGAAAUCGUCUGGGCAAACUUGGCAAUGGGCAAGCCUGAGCGUUGGGCUCGCACUAUCAUUGCGAACACCAUGGUCAUACUGUUGAUCGUGUUCUGGUCUAUCCCCGUUGGUCUUGUUGGCUCGCUCGCCGAUGUCGACAACCUUGCUCAGAAUUUCCCUCCUCUCGGUUUUGUCAACAAGCUUCCGUCUUCGACAAAGGGUGCUAUCAGUGGUCUUCUCCCCACUCUGUUGAUCUCUGCUAUUCUGGCUCUUGUCCCCAUCAUCUGUCGUUUCGCCGCCAGAAAGGCUGGGUCUAUCACCCUCGCUCAGAUUGAGCUUCGCACGCAAGGAUGGUACUUUGCCUUCCAAGUUGUACAGGUUUUCCUCAUCACGACUUUCAGUUCGGGUGCAUCGACUGUUGCUAAACAAAUCUGGAACGAUCCUGCUCAGGCUCCCAAACUUCUUGCUGACAAUCUGCCCACCGCUUCCACAUUCUACCUUUCUUUCUUCGUCCUCCAAGGUGUUGCCGUUACUGCCUCGACCAUCUUCCAGAUUGUCCCUUUCCUUGUCUUCAACGUUCUGUCGCCGUUCCUGGACACCACGCCUCGCAGAAAGUUCGAAAGAUUUAUCACUCUGACUGGACUCAGCUGGGGUGAUACCUACCCCAAGUUCACACUUUUCGCCGUCAUUGCGAUUUCCUACUCUUGCAUCGCUCCACUUGUUCUUGGAUUUGCUUUGCUCGGCAUCUAUUUCCUAUACUUGGCCUUCCGUUACAACGUCUUCUACGUUUUGACCAUGGCAGUCGACACCAAAGGUGAUGCCUACGGUCGAGCUCUGCAACACCUCAGUGUUGGUGUCUACCUUGCAGAAAUCUGCUUGAUCGGCUUGAUGGGUGCGCGAGAGGCGGACGGUCCAGCCAAGUUGAUGGUCAUCCUUCUCAUCCUCACCGCCAUCUACCAGACCUACCUCAACAUGAUUCUAGUUCCUCUGACAAACACACUCUCAGACAAACUCAUGGCCGAGAACGAGGAGGAAGCACUGGCACACGCAAACGAAGCAGGAACAACCGUGCCUAUCGAUGUGAACGAGGAAGGCGUGCAACCCAAGCAGACCUCGCCCUACUCUGACAACAAGACUGUCAAUGCCUUUGCCGAACACUUCAAGCGAGGUGGUCUAUUCGCACCUUUCCUCUUCAAUGGCUCCAAGAGCAAGUACCCAGCCAUCCGCCGCCAAUUGUGGGAUGCGUUCCCCGGUCAACCCGCACCUACUAUCCCUGAGGAAACAAUGAAGCACGCUUAUCAUCACCCUGCCAUCACCGCUGAACCACCAAAGCUGUGGAUCGUCAAGGAUGAUCUCGGUGUUUCCACGCAAGAAAUCAAGGAGACGAAGAAGGUCAUUGAUAUUUCUGACGAUGGCGCACGAUUCAAUGAGAAGGGUAAGAUUGUGUGGGAUGAGGACGAUGUGAGACAGGCUCCCAUCUGGAAGGAUAGAGUGGAGUACUAA